UGUUCGAAAAACUUUUCCGACAUCCGAUCAAACUUCUAACGUGACACCCAAAAAUUUUCUCAUCCCGAACUAAACAAGACCUAUGUUUAUUCAUAAAUUCUGUAGAAAUCAGUAAUUUUCGGCUUCGCCACUAUUUAGAUCGUAGAGAGUAAAAUCGAAAAGAAAAACUCGGAUUCGCCCAUGGUUUUGCACGGAGCCAUUCGGUACGGGCUCGAUCGUGGGAAAAAUGGUAUUGAAAGCGAAAAACCCAAACCAUGGUGGUGCCGACUUGAAUCCAACCAUAGCAUCCACUGCGUCGCGGGCUCGCGGCUGCCUGCUUUGGUCAACUGCCCACUUCGACCACCGCCGAGAGCUCGAGGAAUGGUCGGGCCGGAGCUGACGGUCGGCGGGUGGUUCGCCGGCGCCGUGAUCUCCAACUUGGUGGCGAAGGUGCGGUCCGCCAUGGAGCACCACGCCGCCCUCCGGGCCGCCGCCGGCGACAUGCUGUACGGCGUGGAGGCCGCGCUCCCCCGGAUCAGGAUCCUCGUCGAGGCGACCGAGCGCAGGGCCAUCUCCAGGGCCAGCUUCGCCGCGUGGCUGCAGCAGUUCAAGGACGCCGUCGCCGAGGCCGAGGACCUGCUCGACGACCUCGAGACGCGGAGGAUCCGGGCGGCGCUCAGGGCCAGGGGCAGCAAGCUCGGCUCCGCCACGUCCCUCGCGCUCAGGUUCCUCAGGAACCUCGUCCUCUCCGAUGGGGAUCUCCAGAGGCUCAAGGACGUCCUGGCCAAGCUGAACAGGAUCACCAGCGACGCGACCGGCUUCCACGACAUACUGAAACUGGCCGACGACGACGUGGGGGCGAUGCGAUCGGUCCUUCCGGUGCCAGCCACCCCGCCGGCGGUCAUCGGCCGGGACGAGGAGCAGCAGCAGCUUGUGAAGAUGAUUUUACGCCCCGGCGCACCGCCGUGUCCUCAGGAUGGAGCUGAAUCCUGCUCUGGUGUUUCUGUCAUAUCAGUUGUGGGAGCAGCUGGUGUGGGCAAAACCACUCUUGCUCAGCUGAUUUACAGUGAUCCAAACGUCAAGGAGGCUUUCCUGUUGAGGGGAUGGGUGUUUACCUCUCGUAGCUGCAGUCGAACGGGUCUCGAACAAGAUAUCAUCGAGUCUUUUGCGUCUGAGCAAGAGGAAAAUCUGCAAAGAAAGUCGGUUUCAUCAGAAAGCAGUUUGAUUGAUGUCGUACGAAACAAGAAGUUCUUCCUAGUCCUAGAUGAUGUGCAGCAUAAUCUGCACAGCCAAUGGGAUUCCCUAAGGUCGACACUGGCAAGAGGAGCAAAUGGCAGUGUUGUAUUGCUAGUAUGUCAAUCGAAAGAAGUCGCAAAUAGUUUGGGAGCGACAGCUCAGGUUCCAAUGGGUUACCUGCCAUCUCCAGUGCUCUGGAGAGUAUUUGAGCACCAUGCAUUUGGGAAUCAGAAAAGAGCUUCCCUCGAGUCAAUUGGUAAAAAGGUGCUCCAAAACUUGCAUGGAUUGCCUUUGCUGGCAGAAGCAAUUGGAAGGCUUCUGAGACAAAGAUUAGAUAAGGCGCAUUGGCAAAAAAUUUCCUCGAGUCCCUGGUGGCUCUUUUCUGAAGAUGAAGACGAUGUUGCGCUACCUUCAGUGGCAAUUAUGUGUGAGCAUCUAUGUGAUCAUCUUAGAAAGUGUUUGUGCUAUUGUUCAAUAUUCCCAUCUGGUUAUUUGUUUGAAAAGAAUAUGUUGAUUCACAUGUGGAUAGCUAGUUUCAUGCAACAACAUGACGGGAUUGGGAUGAAAGAAAUGGAAAAGGAAUGGUUUGAUGAGCUUUUCCGCCGAUCAUUCUUUCAGCCCACAAUCUGGAAAAAUAGGUACAUCAUGCCUGAUAUGAUUAGAAAGCCAUUAUGUUCCAUUGCUGGAAAAGAAUGCCAUGCUGCUAGUGAGUUGGGAGAACAGAAAAGACGGCUCCAAGAUUACCGCCACCUAGCCAUCAGUUUUCCUGAUUUUAAUGUGCACCUAGACUUGAGAAAGGACAACAAGUUGCGGACCAUUUUGCUUUUUGAUGGUCGCAAAACAAUCAAACCACACGAAGCAUUUGCUAAUAUUCUGUCACACCUAAGUGGCCUGCGAGUAUUAGAUUUCUCUUACAGUGAAGCUAAAUUGGAGAAGGCUCCUGAUUUCAUUAACAAAUUCACACACCUAAGGUUUCUGGAUCUCUCCUUUACUGGGAUGACAGUACUUCCAGACUCCCUCUGUAAGCUGCACCUACUACAAGUUCUUGGAUUACGAGGAUGUCAGUUCAAGGAGUUACCUAGAGCUAUAAAUGAGUUAGUGAACCUCCGGUUCUUAUAUGCAGAAGCUCACACGGUUUCCUUGAUAUACAAGAUAGGGAAGCUUACUAAUCUCCAAGGGUUAGAUGAAUUUCUUGUUGGUAGAAUGGAUGGGCACAAAAUAACAGAACUAAAGAACCUGAAUGAAAUCAGUGGACAACUAUGUAUUGGAAAUCUGGACAAAGUAGCAAGCACAGAUGUAGUGAGUGAUGCUGAAUUAUUCAAAAAAAGGCACUUAAAGAAGUUGGUAUUCAGAUGGGGGUUGACAGCAUGCAAACCAUUAGCCGAAGCUGAUGGUUUCAUGAGAACUCUUGCUGGCUUAAAACCAAAUACAAAUCUUGAAGAACUGAAAAUUCAGUGCUACAUGGGAGUUGGAUUUCCAUCAUGGAUGGCGGAAGAGCAGUACUUCAUCAAUCUGCGGCGCAUCCAUCUUAUUGAAUGCAAACAAUUAUUAACACUUCCACCUCUUGGACAGCUCCCAUCCCUUGUAGUUUUAAUUCUUCAAGGCCUAACAGCAAUUGAGAAAAUUGGAUAUGAAUUUUGUGGAAAAGGAUACAGGGUAUUUCCAUCUCUUAAGGAGGUGACAUUUCUUGAUAUGCCAAAUUGGAGGAAGUGGUCAGGCAUAGAAGAACUACAAGAUUUGCAAAUUCCUCCAUUUCCACAGCUUAGAAAGGUCCAAAUCAAGAAUUGUGAGGUCUUAAUUGACAUGCCAGUAUGUUGUUUAAAAGCGUCACUUGAGGAGCUUGAGAUCUCUGGUUGUAAUGAAAUAUUUGCCUGUAAUCCAAGCUGUUUAGAUAGAUUGACUUCCCUUGUGCGCUUGAAGAUCCACCAUUGUUUGGGCAAAAUUUAUCUUCCAUGUCGAUUGUUGGAGUCAAUUGAAGUUUUGAAUCUCCAAAGAUGUGAAGUUUAUUUCCAGGGAGGUAAAGAACAUUUAAUGAAAUUGAGGAGGACUGUAACAAAUGAUGUUCAUGAAUUGAAUUUGGAUGAAUCGAAAGCAAUCAGUACAGAGCUGUUAGUUCUUAAACUUUCUGAAGGGUAUCACUACUUGUCUUCAUGCUUUCUUAACAAAUGGAAUUUUGAAGCAUCUUCAGUUUCCUGAAACAAGUUGGUCUGAUGCAAAGUUAGCAAGGAUGAAAGAAAGUUUAUGCUACUGCUUUUAGGGCAUACUUUAGUGGGUUCACUCUCAUUAUACAAGCUAAAAUUUGUAUAGGUGAGCUUGUUGAACAUAAGGUGCUUCUGCAGGGUGAUCUAGGAGGAACAUGUUGGAUUUUAAGAGGCUAAAGUGGAGGAUUUAGGUUUUGUUGAAUCACUUCAAGUAGGUUUUUCCAUGUUGAUAGCCAGGCCGGACAGAACUUAUCAAAUUCUAGGGUACUUAUUAAGCAUUAGUUCAUUAGGGAUGCUGAUUAAGAAUUCUGCUUAUUAAGGUUCUGGCUCCGAUCAGCACUUGCAACAAAUGCUGCACAUUUUAGUAGGUAAAGGUGCAAAAUGUGCAUCGUGUUGCCUCCGAUUUGUAGUUAUGUUCAUUACAAUGAAUUAGAGCUGAGAAGUGCAACAAAGAUGAAAAGUAUCAAGAAGUUGAAUGAAGAAGGUUUGCUGUUUGCAAUCCAUUUUUUUAUGCA